AUGGAGGCUCGCUUUGGUAAUAUUGUCUUCAGCUCCAAGUUUGACUCAGGGAACCUGGCACGUGUGGAGAAGGUGGAGAAGGGCAGCUCCAGCCCUCCUACCGAUGUAGCUCCCGGUGGGAGUGCCCUCUCAGGGCCAAACAUUACCCCUGAUUAUGAGUUCAAUGUGUGGACGCAGCCAGACUGCGGUGGCACAGAACAUGAGAACGGAAACAGAUCAUGGUUUUACUUCAGCGUGAGGGGAGCCGCACCUGGGAAGAUACUGAAAAUCAAUGUGAUGAACAUGAACAACCAGAGGAAGCUCUACAGCCAGGGCAUGGCUCCUCUCGUACGCACCUUACCUGGCAAGAACCGAUGGGAAAGGAUCCGAGACAGACCAACAUGUGAGAAUGUAGAUAACCAGUUCAUCCUCUCAUUCACUCACCGGCUGUUGGAGGCGAGAGGAGCGACCACCUACUUCUCCUUCUGCUUCCCGUUCUCUUAUAGUGAGUGCCAGGAGAUGCUGCAGCAGUUUGACAAGAGCUACCCCAAUGCUGCUCAACUCAGUCCGAGCAGUGAACCAGACAGUGUGUAUUAUCAUAGGGAGUUGCUGUGCCACUCACUAGAUGGCAAUAGGGUGGACCUGAUCACUGUGACCAACUGCAACGGGAUGCAACAUGAGAGAGAACCCCGUCUGCCUAAGCUGUUUCCCGACGCCAACACUCCAAGACCACACCGCUUCUCCAGCAAAAGGGUGUUUUUUCUCAGCAGCCGAGUGCACCCCGGGGAGACUCCCUCAUCCUUUGUGUUCAACGGUUUCCUCAACUUUAUCCUAAGAAGAGAUGACCCUCGUGCUCAUGUGCUUCGAAAAAUAUUUGUGUUCAAGCUCAUUCCCAUGCUAAACCCCGACGGGGUCGUUCGUGGGCACUACAGGACUGAUUCCAGGGGUGUGAACUUGAACAGACAAUACCUGAACCCCAGCCCUGAGCUGCACCCUUCCAUCUAUGCAGCCAAAACACUUUUGCUCUACCACCACACACACAACCGCCUGCACAAUCCACAGUCCAGCAAUCGCUCUAACAGCCCCCCACACCCGCAGACCCCACCGCUUAGCAUCAGACCCGCCAAUCAGCAUCAGUCCCCUCCCUUCACUGCCCUUGAAGUCAACUUGAACCAACGAAAUGCAGAGAAGGAUGCAAAUCCCGCGCUGCCAGAAGUUCCCAUGGUGAUGGAGGAAAACGGCUGGGUCACCACAGAGAUGGGGAGGGGGGACCAGAACAGCUCAUCAAGCUCCCCGGAGACUGUAGCUCCUGUUGCUGUAGAGGUAACAGUACCACAGGUGGAGGAACAGGAAGCAAUUCCACCCCAGGAUGGGGGCGUGGCAUAUUAUGUGGACUUACAUGGCCAUGCCUCUAAACGGGGAUGCUUCAUGUACGGAAAUAACCUUUCUGACGAGAGCCAGCAGGUAGAGAACAUGCUGUAUCCGAGGCUGAUCGCGGUGAACUCUGCCCACUUUGAUUUCCUGGGCUGUAACUUCUCUGAGAAAAACAUGUAUGCACGAGACAAGAGAGAUGGUCAGUCUAAAGAAGGCAGCGGGCGGGUGGCCAUUCACAAGGCCAUAGGGCUGCUUCACAGCUACACUUUGGAGUGCAACUACAACACAGGAAAAACCAUGAACACCAUUCCACCUGCUUGUCAUGACAACGGACGGGCAACCCCCCCUCCACCUCCAUCAUUCCCUCCAAAAUACACUCCAGAAAUAUUUGAACAGGUGGGGCGUGCCGUGGCUAUCUCAGCCCUGGAUAUGGCAGAGUGUAACCCCUGGCCACGGCUGGUGCUGUCGGAGCACAGCUGCCUGAUGAACCUUCGAGCUUGGAUCCUCAAGCACGUCCGCAACACCAAAGGCCUGAACACACAUAUCCACGCUCAGCCUCCACCAAGAAUACACCACAAUGGCAGCAAGGCGUCACCGCCAAAGAGCUUCAACAACUGUCUGUCUGGCUCGGCGUCGGAGAACACCCUCAGUCGUAUUCGCUGCAACAGCCACAGUAGCAGCAGCCAGACUCCCUCCCCAAAGAUGCACAGCUCCCCGAGCUUUACUUUUGGCUGCCCCCCACCCCGAACUCACACACAGCACAACAGCACGCACGGCAGCGGACGCGGAGGCAACAAGACCCUGGGGCCAGUCAGGGACCCUAAACCUCAGGAGAAGAGACGCCCCCCCCACCACCACUCCAUCCUACGGUCUCCCAGCAACAGCCACGCACCCUCCCGCCCCCCACUCUCACCCACUUCCUCCUCGUCCUCCUCGUCUUCCUCCGUGUGUGCAGCGGGCUCCUGUCCCCUCCCGGCCUCCGUCACUAUGACAGGCCUCAGCUGCCCAGACUUUCAGGCUGGUGUACCCAGUUCGGUGGGUUGGUCCAGAAUUCCUUUCCCCAUGCAUACUGGGCGUAUGAGGAGAGGAUGCCGGACUCUUACAAUCACUCAUCACCCCGCAGAGGCCCGCACAGAGACUGCUAAAGCCUUGGGGUCUGAACACAUCCUUUCCUCCAUCAAAUGUAGCAAAUGUGAGCUGCAACCUCACGUGAGCCGCAUCCCCAUCAGGAGGGUGGGGUCGACUGAAAGCCCUCCUGCACAUGACAGUGCAACAUCCCCUAGCGGCGUUAACCCAGUUCCAUCAGGAGAUAAGGAGGUGUCAGCCACCAUGAAGGUCUGGAAGCUGCUUAGACCUGGCCUCCAUCGACACCUGUCACUGCCAGGUGUAUCGGGGAAAAAAGAGGGUGCCGUGCAGUUGGCCUCUAAAGCACUAAUGAAGAAAAGCCCAGACAGAAGUCUCCACUACACAGGACCUAUUAUAGAAACUGCACAAGAGAAGGCCGAGACAGUGCAAGAGGUUGAGGAAACUCCAGUGAUGCCCCUGCCUGAGACUGUGACCAUGUGCGAGACAGUGACCCUGUGUGGAGAAGCCUAGGAACUGCACAGAAGAGGCUCGCGUAUAUGUCUAUAUUUGCUUCAUGUGAGCCUAAAUUCCUAUAUUGUGACCAAAACCAUUUAAAACUAGGAAACAGGAAGGGGCACUGUCAUCAAGGGAGGAUUAUUUUAAUGUGCAAUACAACAAUUUUAGCAUUAUUUAUUCAGAUUUCCCAGAGCAUGCAUGGUGUUUUCAACCAUGCUGUUCAACAUAGUCAGACCGUGGAGCUGUCCAUUCCAACCAUUAAGCAGCUUUACUGGAGUAGCUGGAGGUUUAGUGCCUUGCUCAAUGAAACCACAACUGUGGCUAUAAGGUACGGGAGAGGUACAAACCUUCCCCAUCCAAGUUUUCCAACUGAACAAGAAUCCGUAGGCUUGAAAUAUCCUUUAACAUUUCAGCUAUUACCAUUGUACUUCACAUAUCUGUUUUUUGUGAUUUUAGUCCUUGCCUUCUGAUGUCCCUCUUCCAAAAAAAAAAAGAUGUUAUAUGCACUCUGACCAACACUGUAAUGCACUGGUAUUUUUACAGUCAGCCACUUUUACUAUUACAGUAACGGGUUGAUUUUUAUUCAGACUGACGAGCACAACAGCACCUUUAUAACCUCAGUAUUUCCAUUGUGAUUUUAGAAACUAAUUUGUGAGUGAAGUGUGUAUUUAAUGUAAUUAUUCCAGAAGUUCUUAGUGUUUUACAUAUAGUGCCUAUAAAAGGUGUUCACCCCCAAUGGACAUUUUCAUGGUUUUACAACACUGAUCUUAAUAGAAGUUGAUCUACGCUGAUCCACAGCAAAGAAAGUCCAAAUAUGAAACGAUAACUAACUGCACAUAUUAUCAUAUGGGAUGGAAAUGGCCGGUGUGUAACAAGUGAUUUUUAGGAUAAAUACACUAACAACCUUGUUGUUAUUGUCCUUUCUAACUAGUAGCUGGACCUUUCAAGGCUCUGAUUAUCUCUUGGAGUAAAGUAAUGGGUUACUAAAAAAAUUGAGGGAAAAACAUGGCACAGCUGUAUCUGCCUAGAGCAGGCCACCCUCAAGCGUGAAUGUGAAAGAGGCCCCAGUGAGAGAGGACACCAAAUCCCAUAAAGCCUGGCAGGGAUUGCAUCUGCUGCAGUCUACCAGAGAACUGUGAUUUGGAAAUUUUAUUUCCCCACAUAUAAAGCAAUUUACACAAGUGGCUUAAAAGUAAAAACAUUUAAAAAUAGUAAAACAUGGUAAGGUCCAAAGGGUGGGUUAAUACCUUUAUACACACAUCUGUUUAAAAUAUACUUUGUCACAUUCCUUUAGAGCUUUUUGCUCCACAGCACACCAAUAUAGGAACCUGUACUUUAUUAUCUCAUAUAUAUUCAUAUGAUAUAAAUAUUUUGUGUAAGGCAAACGGUUACAGGAGUUGUCUUUUUAAAUGUAACGAGCAUAUCUUAAACCCAGUGACAUAUGGACUGAUUUUUACCAAAUUACUUUUACUGUGACUGAUCUAAUACUGUGUUGGAACUUGAAUCAAACUUGAAGUAUACAUAAAUUAACUUGAAAGGUAUCGCAAUAUAAUACCUCAAUAAGACUGUAUCUAGUGUGCAUGCAGAAUAACUAAGGAAUAAAUGAUGCAUUAAUGCAAAAGGCA